CCUCCCUCCUCAUUGCCUCCGAUCGCGACGUCGCUCUGUCUCCGCAACCAUGGGCCGGUCUUCCAAGGAUAAGCGCGAUGCCUACUACCGCUUGGCGAAGGAGCAGAACUGGCGAGCGCGCUCCGCCUUCAAGUUGAUCCAGAUCGACGAACAAUUCGACCUAUUCGAGCACGAAAACCCCGAGAAAGUGACCCGCGUUGUUGAUCUUUGUGCCGCCCCGGGCAGUUGGAGUCAAGUUCUCAGCCGCGUGUUGAUCAAGGGAGAAAGCUUUGGUCGCCGGUCGUGGGUGGAGAAGAAGCGCAAGGAAAAGGAAGCGCUGGCCAGAGCAUCCACCGAGGGUGCCGCACAGGACGAGGAGGCCAACGACGAUGGUGACGCAGAGUUGAAGCCAAGGGCCAAUGUCAAGAUCGUUUCGAUUGACUUGCAACCAAUGGCCCCGCUGGAUGGCAUCACGACCCUCAAGGCAGACAUCACCCAUCCUUCCACCAUUCCACUUCUUCUCCGAGCUCUCGACCCCGACGCCUACGAUUCCACCGCCGCUUCUCCCUCUGCUCUGCGACCCCCGCAUCCCGUCGACUUGGUGAUUUCAGACGGUGCCCCGGAUGUCACUGGCCUGCACGACUUGGAUAUCUACAUUCAGUCCCAAUUGCUCUACUCGGCAUUGAACCUGGCCCUGGGUGUCCUCCGGCCGGGAGGCAAGUUUGUCGCAAAGAUCUUCCGUGGUCGCGAUGUCGAUUUGAUUUACGCACAGCUGCGCACGGUCUUCGAGAAGGUCAGCGUUGCGAAGCCGAGGAGCAGUCGAGCAAGUAGUCUGGAAGCAUUCGUGGUCUGUGAGGGCUUCAUUCCCCCGGCCAUUCACGAUGGCUUGAUCGGAAUGGAAGCUCUGAAAAACCCGGUGUUUGGCGGUGCCGCAGCUCCUCGUCCCACGUCUGCUGAUGGCAAUCUGGGCCAGGAAGUUAUGGACGUGGACACCCCAUCGGCACCCAAUGGUCCCACUCUCACCACGGAAAGAAUAGUCUCGAACGAUUCGAAUCAACCGAUCGAGACUCGCCUGCUUCACUCGGACUCCCACGCCUCGGGCACGCCCGAACCCCUGGCGCACAAGCCCGUCGCCGAGAAAUUCGCCGUCGAAAACCGAUGGAUUCCGUCGUUCAUUGCGUGUGGUGACUUGUCUUCCUGGGACUCCGACGCCUCCUACUCUCUACCUCCCGACCAUGUUAGUUUGGAACCUGUCCAACCACCUACUGCGCCGCCUUAUCGGCGCGCCCUGGAGUUGAGAAAGGAGAAGGGCGGCGCAUAUGGAAAAACGAGACUGGGGGCGAUGGGACGAGCGUGAAGAGGCCCCCGCUACUAACCAAAAGUAUUUAAAUCUUACAUUCGUCACGAUCAUGAAUUUUGUUGUCUUAUAUUCCGUUGCAUUUGGGGUUGUUGAAGAUGGAGUUUUCCUUGCAAAGAAAAGAGAGAUCGGAGUGUGGUUUUGAGGAAAGAACACAGAUUUCAAAAACAAGUAUAUAUCAGAUACCCA